AUGCGAGAUACAAUAUCAGUAACAUCUUCAACACAAAAUAAAAUAAAUAAACGACGAGAAAAAUCUAAAAAAAGUUCACAAUCACGAAUAAAUAAAUUAAAAUUGUUAUCAAUUGAUGGUCGUAGUGGUGGUGGUGGUGGUGAUGAGAGAAUUUCUAUUGAUAAUAAUCAUUUUAAAUAUGAACAAGCUCAAAAAGCAAUUCCAUUUUUAGCUCAAGCAUUUGCAAAUGGAUUUUUUACUGAAGUUAAUUGUCGAAUAUUACCUGAGCAUUUACUUGAUCAACUUGCACAACAAGUUUAUCAAUUUGUUCAAAAACAAGGUGAAUUAAAUUGUUCAUUAAUAUUAAAUAAAUAUGUAGAAGAAAAUCUUCUUAAUGAAUAUGUUAA